AAAAAAAAAACUGCUCGCCGUUAUCACAUUCUUAUUUCGUACUUUUCAAGAAAGAGAUUUUUCAUACUUCAAUACGUACCUUUGGAAUAUUCUUAUUCGAUCUUAAAGAAAAUUUCUAAAGAAGCGUAAAACCAAGAAAUUCAGAAGAUUUCACUUUUCUUUCAUUAUAAAAACCAACAUUGUAUACUAACAAAAACUUGCCAUGGGUGACCAAAAAGAUUAAUGAAAUCUAAAUAAAAAGUUCGUUUCUCUUUACAAGUCACCCUUUUUUCUUCUUCCUCUUACCAAAUAAACCGAGAUUUAAUGAAUUUCAAUUUGUCUUUCGAUGUGAAUGCUAAUCCUUAGAAGAAAAGGGAAGAAGAAGAAAAAAAAGAAGAAAAAAAAAGAAGAAAAGAAGAAAAAGAAGAAAGAAAAAAGGAAAAAGAAGAAUAAGAAGAAAAAAUAUUGAAAAAGCUUAUGAUAUCGGUAAAGUCGUGUUCUACCCUUUCUCACUGUCUCGAAGAAAAUAAGGAAAGAAGAUUCUCAAGAGAGAGAAGGAAGAUAAGAUCCAUAAAAGCUUUCUACAGUGGCAUGGACAGGGCAUGAAGCAGCCCCCGAGGGAUAACCACAAAAGGCGUGCAGCCUCGAUCCUCGAUCCUCGGAAGCCAGGGUUGAUUUAUGUGCCCAUGGUGGGGAGAACGCUUGCGCACUAAGAUCUCGAAGAGGAGUAGGAUCCAGUCUGGUCUACCCCCACCUCUCGUUCUCGCAGGACUCGCGGAGCAUUCAGCCUCCUCCUCUAUCUUCUUCGGUUCCUUGUCCACACGGUUAUUAAAACCGAGGCGACACGCUCGGCAACCAGCAAUUAUCUGGCAAACGUUCGGCAUCGCGCACGCACGGCACCUCCGUCGGCAGUUCAACGACGACGACGACGACGUUUACUUCCAUUACUACUUUUCUCCCCUCCUCCUUCUCUCUUCAUCCCCUUGUUCUCUCUUCUUUUUCCUCAACGUGUUUUCUCAUCUUCGAUUUUAUCCACAUCCUCCUUCUUCCUCGUCUUCUUUUUUAGGUUCAUGCAAAGAAAAAAGAAAAGGAAGAAAAGAAGAAAAAAAGAGAAAACAGAACACUUGUUAAAAUAUCAAGACGUACUCGUCAAUUGGAUUACUAAGGAAAGGAUUUUGUAUUAACGUUGUCUCGAAGAAAAAGUAGAAGAAGUAUAGGAAAGCUAAAAGUGCUUAUUAUUGAAACAGUGAAACUGUGAUAAUAUAAAGUGAUGCAGUACCAAAAGAUUCGUCAAGGAAUUUAUUCGGUGUCGAAUAAGCAGGAACGGAACAUCUGUGGAUUGUGUGUGAAUUUUGAUAUUUCAGCCAAUUAAAGAUUUGUUCCGGCAAGAAGGUCGAAAACGACGAGGAAUGUUUAACAUGUGCGUGUCGACGAUGUCACCGAUGCCUGGCAUGACGGCAUCAGCUAUUCCGAUAUCGAUGCAUCAACAUUCGUCGAUGGAUUAUAACGAUGCAGGGAUGCACUAUCAAUCGUAUAAUCCUUCACAGAAUAGUCAUCAUCCUCUUCAGAGUGGCCAAUCGAGCUACUGGUUUCCCAUCGUGACGACUCAUGUUCAGAUGACCGAGAGCCUGACGCCACCGGUUUAUACAAUGCCUUCGUGUGCAGUUUCGUGGACCGCUCAAACUCAUCCGGCGUGUAAUCACUCGAUGAACCAUUCAGCGAGUCAUCAAGCUCAGUUGACAACGAUCCAGCAUUACCCUAUCUCACCAACGUCAACAGAAUUACAAUCCCGUUCGGAGGAGUUUGGUCCACCUUGUCAAUGGCCAUUGACACCGUCAGAUGAACAUCAUAUUUUAGGAAACGAUUCAUCGAUCGAUUCGAUCAGUAAAACGGGACCCGGUAGAAAAUGCACAAGAUGUCGUUGUCCAAAUUGUCAAGUAGAUGGUGGCGGUCAAUUUGGAUUGGAUGGUAAACGACAACACGUAUGUCAUGUUCCGGGAUGUGGAAAAGUAUAUGGAAAAACUUCACAUCUUAAAGCUCAUCUGAGAUGGCACACAGGAGAAAGACCAUUCAUUUGCAAUUGGCUUUUUUGUGGGAAGAGAUUUACCAGGAGCGACGAGCUUCAACGUCAUCUACGUACACAUACCGGUGAGAAAAGAUUUGCUUGUUCUGCGUGCGGAAAAAGAUUCAUGAGAAGUGAUCAUUUGACGAAGCAUGCAAAGACUCAUGAAAAUCAAAAAAGAAAAAACUCGUCGAGGAAAAAACACUCGAACAAGGAGAACUCCAUACCAAUGCAUUCUAUCGAUAACUCUUACUCGACACUCGGACAUUAUUCGAUGCAACUGGUCGGAAGAGAUUACGAAUGACGAGAGAUCUGACAAAGUCAGCAAGAACUUUUUGCGAACGUGCCAAACUACUUUAGUCCUAGUACUUUAUGUGUCUAGUACUCUAGUCUUUCAGUACAUAAUCCUAUAUAUUACGUACGAUCUUUUUUGUAAGAAAGUUGAGCCGUCGGGUUGCAUCUGGAACUUAAAGACUCGUAGUCGGGUCUUUCGCUUUCUAAGCGACUUGCUCUAACGAUUAGGCUAUCUAAAUUUACGAAUGUCUACUUAUUGUUCGUUCCCGAAUAUACGUAUAUAUACAUACAUAUAUAUAUAUAUAAAAUAUUGUACAUAGAUUCGAAAACUCUGUAACUUUAUAUAAUGUAAUACGAACUAUUGUUAUAAUAAAGCUGGAAAGAAGUCCUGCGGAAAAAAUGCGGAUCUAAUUGAUCAGAAUUAAAGGAGAUCUCUUCUCGCGCGUAUUUUUAGUUCUAUCGUUCUAUUUGCGAAAAAAAAAAAGUAACACGUACUAAUUAGAUCAGGUGAUGUUGAUAGCGACGUUGAUAACGAAUAAGAUGUAUCGAUAUGUAUAAAAUGAAAUAAAGCGAAUAAUGAUUGAACAUCAAA